AUGGGGGGAGACAUAAAUGCCUUGAAAGCAGCUAUUGCAGCUCUACAAAAUGAGGUAAAAGCGUUGUCAACAAAAUAUAAAGAUACAAAGAUGUAUGAUAGCCAGUUUGAAGAUAUUGUAGAAGAAGUGUCAGAAAGACAAAAUAGAAGAUGCAAUGUAAUCAUUUUUGGGUUGAAGGAGCAGAAUGGAGCGACAAAAGAUGAUAAGGCAGUUUUAGAAAAGUCUGAAGUGGUUUAA